AGCGAAAUAGCUGCUUUCCCCCACCUGCCCCAGCCGCUUGUCCUAUUAACCCACUUCUGAACAGUUAAUAUGACUUCUGCAUCUCCAGGCAUUAUCAUAAAUGCAUGUUAUAACAACCAGAGCUAGUAGGAUAAAUCCAACACUUGAGAGGCAGCAGGAUUGUGACUUGCACUUACACAGUCAGCAACUGGAAAAAUGCCAGAUUCUGAAAGUAAUUUGGUGUCUUCACAUGUGGAUGUUAUAAAUGGUACUUCAGUCUUGAGUGAAAUGAAAAUUUCAGAUGAAAAGAGAUCUGUUAAAAGAAAAACAGUGACUCAGAUUGGGAAGAAGGGCUAUCCUGACUCCAUAUACAUAAAUGCAGCCAAGAUUUUUCAAGGCAUUCAUACUGAAAAGAGUACAGGUAGAAUCCUGGUGCAGUAUGGCAACAACUCAGAAUCUCCCAUGGUGGCUUUUAAAGAUGAGCAUUCCAGGCGUGUAUCUUACGAACUGGCUUUCAAUGCUUUAAAAUAUCAAAGUCUUCUUGAAGAAGUAUUGUUAGAUAGUAAAGUUUACCCAUGCAACUCAAUACCAGAUGAGUUAACCAGCUUGCUUGUUGUGAUGCUUUAUGACCUACAAGACCGAAAGUUUCAAAAACGAAAGAUUUUUGAUGAAGAGGAACUUGUAGCAGAGGUUCAGGAAAUAGGGCAUUAUUUAUACAGGUAUAAGACCAAACUGGCAGCUGCACUAGCACGAUGUCGCAUCAAAUAUGAUGCUCUUUCAAUUGAAUACUUUGUACCAGAAACCCUAUCGAAGCAGGAACAAAGGACUUCUACUUUACCUGUCUGUUUCUGGAUAAACACAUAUAAAAUCAGCCUUGAAGAUGUUAUCAGAGAUUUGGAGAUGAAGGGAUUCACAAAGGUUGAAUCUGUGUCAGACUUUGACCAUUACACAUAUGCGGUGGACCAACAUUGCCAUGAUGUAUUGGUUUUUCCUUCCUCUCUUAGAGAAGAACUGCUUAAUUUAGAUCUUUUUGCAGAUUGCAAACUCUUACUGCAGGAUAAGUCUCGCAGCCUUGCUGUACACUCUGCACAGGCACUGUUGAGUGAAGGUGGUGACAUUAUAAUGGCUCACAUAGGCUCCCAUCUGACCAUUGCCCAUAUGUCAGUGCUGACAAAUGACAGCAGCUCCAGAAUUUUUGUCUGUGGUGUGAAAUCUUCGGCAAAAGAAGAAGAACUGAGGAACAGUUUAAGUCACAUGGGAUGUAAAAAUAUUUGGUUGUUACAUGAAGACUUUACUGAACUUCAAUCAACAGACUCAAGACUUGAAAAGGCAAAAGUUAUUUUGCUGCUACCAGAAUGCUCUGGACUGGGUGCUGGCAAUCCAAUGGAGCUUAUUUUAAGUGAACACAGAGAUGCAGGAUUGCUACAAGACCUUUUACAAGGAUUUGUGUCUGAGGAUAAACUCAGUAUUCUUGCUGAGAGACAGCUUAACGAGUUGAUUCAUGCACUGAAAUUUAAGAAAGUACAAGGUAUUGUUUACUGCACUUGCUCAGUUUACCCAGAAGAAAAUGAACUUGUAGUGAAAAAAGCACUGGAAUCUGGAGUGGAGGGAGAUAAAGUACGACCAUAUAGGCUUAUUCCUUCUGUUUUUAAUACUUGCUCCGAUUCAGAGUCUUCCACCGAAAUAUUUUUCAAAUUGGAGCCAUCAGAAAUUUCCAGUGGUUGUUUCCUAGCUGUUCUAGAGAGAGAGAAAGAUACUAAAAAAGUGUCUGCUAAAGACAUUUUGGCUUCUGCUGCAGCACAAGCUCUACUAGAUGGCAUUGUUGAAGAAAAACCAAAAGAAGAGGUGAAAAAACAGAAAGUAAAACAACGUAAACGUAAGGUUACUGUUAGUGAUAGUAAGCCAAAAGCUGCAAAACUCCAUACUGGAGCUAAAGUUAAAGCUGAAGUUCCUGUGUCUAAAGCAGCCAGUAAGAUACAAGAAAAGCAUGUGUGCCCAGUGUGCUCAAAAAAACCAACCAGUAAGAUACAAGAAAAACAUGUGUGCCCCACAAAAGCAGCCAGUAACACACCGCAGAAGACUGUGCACAGGAAGAAAGAAGCCAGUAACAUACAACAAAAGAAUGUGCACCAGACAAAAGCAGCCAGUAACACAUCCACCUCUAAAGCAGUCAGUAACAACAACAAAAGAAUGUGCCCUGAACAGACAGCCGUGUUGAGCUGAAGAAAUCUGUGAACCCUGAUUUACACACAGCCCCACUGAAAGUGCAGAAGGCUACAUCUCAUCUGUCACCUCUGGGCAAGGUGUAUGAGAGACAGACAUCUGCUGAAAAGGCGCAUGCAGAACAGAACAGAACAAGGUUGUACUGAAGUCCCUAACAAUAACUUUGCCUUCACUGAUAAUGCUAUAUGAAAGGUUGUAAUGAAACAAACCCAGGCUGUCAACAUUGCUUUCUUGGCCAGAGCACAGCGUCCAACUGGUUGGAUAUUUCCACCACCCUGGUCAAAAAUGGUCAAGCCAACUUGGCUGUAUGAACCUUCAGACCCUGGCCUCCCUUUGUAAAGAAGGUAAAGAUUCCUGUAUAUUGGUAAGUUUUAAAUUACAGUAUAUACUUAUGCAAGGAAAAUCUGACCUUGGGAAAGAUAUAUUAUGUGCUACAUAUAUAGAAACAUCCUUGUUAGACAUUAACUUUCCAUCCUGUAAUCACACUUUAAGUGAAUGGAGCUGCCUAAGGCUGGUAGAUUGCUGGGAGAAGUGAGGCCAAAAAACCAUAGCCUCUUGCUGUACACUUUGAAGUGACAAGUUAAAUCAUACACCUAGCUCCUCACUGUAUCUAAACCUGUACAGGUAAUCAGUUUCAAAUAGAUGUUUUUAAAGUGCGACUGAAUUUUUUUAAGUGGCUUUUCAUUACAAGUGCUAGAUACCAUUUUUGUGAGUUUCCACUUAAGACUGAUGCAUGGAAAAUAAGCCUUGUAUUUCUAAAACUAGAUGUGAACUUUUGUACAGGAAACUGGCCAAGUACGUUAAAGCCCAUGCAUAGGCUUUCUAGUAUGUGUUGUCUUGGUUUCUUCUUAAGUGUUGAAAUAACUAACAGUGAAAAAUAGAUCAAAUAUUCUCAUGUUAAAAACACUGAAUUGUCAUCAUGAUGUCACAUCAGACUAUGUCAUGGUUCAUAACUGCUUUUUAUCUAUUUCGUAACAUAAACAGUUCUUAGUUGAAAAGAGCUGCUACUGUCAAAUUAACAUUUUUAUAAAUGUUACUGCUAGUCAGCUGAAUAAUGGCUGGACAAAGAACUGUGUUUAUAAACAGCUGUGGGCUUCUAAGCUGCUUCCUUUUGCUAGCAAAGAUAAAACAACUUUAAAAUAUCUACAACUGUAUUGUAAUCUGAGUAGAGGAUAAAAGGAGGCAGAGAGAUACUUUUAACAAUAAAUCUGAUUUGUAUCUAGAACUUGUAAAAAUGAGAGACAGCCCAACAAUACAGAAAGAUGAAGGUAUCUGUGGCCUAGAAAUUUUGCUCUAGGCAACCAUUUCAGAUACUUGGGAAGAAUGUUGCCAGAGCAUCACCACUAUAGUGUGGAACUUAACCCAUGUGACAUACAGGUCUGGAUUUAGAGAACGUUAUAACAUCUCUAUUUUGUCUUCACCCACCCCAGUCAGUGUCACUGGAUCAGCAGUACCUUUUUAAGAAAGCAUGUGAAUGAUAUUAACCCCAGCAGUGUAGACGGCUGGCUCUUGUUCAUCUGAUAAAUACCCUUGCUUCACUGAAUCAGUGAAAAUUUUCUUCAGCAUUUUAAUCUGAGCCAGCUGUCCUAUACUAUAC